CUUCUCUUUUCACAUCUCAAUACCAGUAACUCUUUCAUGGCUUCCUUAGCAUUUUCGGCUAUGGGUCGCUUUCUAACGCAGUCCUCUGAUCAGACGGUUUCAGAUUAUAAGUCUGACCAGAGUUUCUCCUCAGGGAAGGGCAUAUUUGCUAGGAAACAAGACUCUAGAAAUUUAGCAGUCACAAACGUUGCAAGCCCACACAGGCCAGUGAUUGCCCCAUUGCCGGAAAAAGAAAAUUUUGUUAACCAGCAUCAUGUUGCAUGGACAAGCGUUAGACAGGAACGAUGGGAAGGAGAGCUGGAUGUGGAAGGAGAAAUACCCCUAUGGCUGAAAGGCACAUACCUAAGAAAUGGUCCUGGUCUGUGGCACAUUGAAGACUACAACUUCCGGCACCUCUUCGACGGCUAUGCCACUCUAGUCAAGCUCUACUUUGAAAAAGGUCGCCUAAUCGCCGGCCACCGUCAAAUUGAAUCUGAAGCCUACAAAGCUGCAAAGAAGAAUAAAAAGUUAUGUUACCGUGAAUUCUCAGAGGUUCCAAAAACUAAUAACUUCUUAUCUUACAUUGGGGAUCUUGCAAACCUCUUCUCUGGUGCAUCUUUGACUGAUAACGCCAAUACCGGCGUGGUUAAACUUGGAGAUGGACGUGUUGUUUGCUUGACGGAGACACAAAAGGGCUCCAUAGUUAUCGACCCGGACACACUGGACACAAUAGGAAAGUUUGAGUACAGUGACACAUUGGGGGGUUUGAUUCAUGCUGCUCAUCCCAUUGUGACUGAGAAGGAGUUUUUAACGUUGUUGCCUGAUUUAAUAAACCCGGGGUACUUGGUGGUGAGGAUGGAGCCGGGGACUAAUGAAAGGAAGGUGAUUGGGCGGGUCAAUUGCCGAAGUGGCCCAGCACCCGGCUGGGUGCACUCUUUUCCAGUCACUGAACAUUAUGUGGUCAUUCCUGAGAUGCCCUUGCGAUACUGCGCGCAGAAUUUGCUUAGGGCUGAGCCCACACCACUAUACAAGUUCGAGUGGCACCCUGAGUCUAAAGGGUUUAUGCAUGUUAUGUGCAAAGCUAGUGGCAAAAUUGUGGCAAGCGUGGAAGUGCCAUUGUUUGUGACAUUCCAUUUCAUCAAUGCAUACGAAGAGAAAGACGAAGAUGGAAGGAUGACAGCGGUUAUUGCUGAUUGUUGUGAACACAAUUCAGAUACAACAAUCCUGGAUAAACUUAGACUGCAAAACCUCCGCUCAUUCAAUGGUACCGAUGAUGUACUGCCGGAUGCAAGGGUUGGAAGGUUCAGAAUACCAUUGGAUGGGAGUCCAUUUGGAAAGUUGGAGGCAGCGCUCGAACCAGAUGAACAUGGAAGAGGAAUGGACAUGUGUAGCAUUAACCCUGCAUAUUUGGGGAAAAUGUACAGAUACGCAUAUGCUUGUGGAGCCCAACGUCCAUGCAACUUCCCCAACACUCUCACUAAGAUUGAUUUAGUGAAGAAAAAGGCCAAGAAUUGGUAUGACGAAGGAGCUGUCCCCUCAGAACCUUUCUUUGUGGCUCGCCCAGGAGCCACAGACGAAGACGAUGGCGUGGUAAUCUCCAUGAUCAGUGAAAGAAAUGGAGGUGGGUAUGCAUUGUUGUUGGAUGGAUCCACAUUCGAAGAAAUUGCUAGAGCAAAGUUCCCCUACGGUCUACCUUAUGGGUUACAUGGAUGUUGGGUUCCAAAAAACUAAAAUUCCAGGCCUAGCUACAUGUAUAUUUUAUAUAUUGCUCUAUACUUCUAUCUACGAGUGAGAGUGAGAUCAAUCUAGUUGAUGGGUAGCUGUGUGAUCUUAUUGUGUAAUGUAUUGUUACAAUUUUGUAAAGCUU